AUGUCCAACUCCACUUGGGUCAUUGUACGGGCUUCUGUCGAGACUGUUGGUAAAUUGGUGUUGGUUGGGUUUUGUGGGUAUAUCAGUGCUAAAAGAGGGUUUCUCAACAAACAAUCCCUUGCCGCGUUGUCGCGCGUCACUUUCACGUUUCCGAUGUUUUGCACCAUAGUGACCCGUCUCUCAUCAUCCAUUGACAAUCCCAAAGACAUUUUGAACUGGUGGCCUAUGUUAGUCUCAUGUUUUUCUCUUAUUGCCGUAGCCGCAUUUUUCAUGCGAAGUAUUGCUUAUGCUUCGAAGUUGUGUACCAAAGAUGCUCGUGUCUUUGUCCACGCCUUUUCAUUUGGAAAUCCGACUGUCAUAGCGUUGGCAAUAUUAGACAGUUUGUGCGCCGACACAACCCUUUUUGGCACUGGCAAUGAAGCUCAACAAGCUAAGAAACGAGGUUCUGCAUACAUCUCCACUCACCUCUUUAUGUUCUCCUUACUCUUUUGGAUCCUGGGAUACAUCUACAUCAAUUUGAAUAAAGAAAAAGAAGAAGUCUUGCCUCUCGUAACAGAACAACAAUUAACACCACAACCAACUCCAAAUCCUCCACAAGAAUCGGAUAAACCAUCUGAAAUUAUCACAGACAAUCACAAGUCAGACGACGAAGUUUUGGACGAAGAUCAGAAUAACACGGGCAAGAAAUGGUAUACCCCAGUUCUCAACUUCUUUGUGAUGAUUUGGAACUGGAUUGUGAAGGUAUAUACCCUAGUGACUGGUUUCAUAUUGAAGAUGUGGUACAAACUCCCCCCAAUGGCACGAGAUAUCAUCGACAAGUUAUUCAAUCCCGCAUUUCUUGCCGUCUUUUUUGGUAUGUUCUUCUUGUUUGUGAAGCCAUUGUAUAACUUUUUCUUCACCGGACCUUUGCGGAUUGUUGGUAAUACAAUGAAACUGUUGGACAACGCAACAGUUCCACUUUGCUUAAUAAUAGUCGGAGCUAAUAUGGCGCGGGGGCCUGUCAAAAACGCUGUGUCGCCGCUCACGGUUAUCGCGGGUCUCUCUAUUAAGUACGCACUAUUGCCAGCGGCGUUUAUUAGCGUCAUUUACUUGAUGUACUUGUACAAUGUCUUUAUCGACGACCCCGUGUUCAUCUUAAUUCUGUGCAUCGAGACGGCAACACCGCCCGUCUUCAAUACAAUUGUGUUGUGCACACUGGCGUACCCAAAGGGAAAUUCUUUUGUCGCCAAUUUGAUUUUCUGGGGAAACUUGGUUGAUAUAGUGACACUGACUGUUGUUGUAACAGUGUCUCUUCUAUUGAUACAAGAUGAUUUAAAUAUCUGA